AUAUAGUUAAAAAGAAUAAAGAUAUCAUUCCCUUUAGUAAUAAUCUAUUCCAAGCAAAAUUGAUAGAAACUGAGAUUGCUAAAGCAAAAAAUAAAUCUCAAUCAAAAAGAUUUUGGCAUCCACUAACAUUUUAUUUUUAUAGUGAGAGUGGCACUGGCAAAUCAAAUCUUGUUCAAAAAUUAUUUUGUUCAGAAAUAUAUAAUAAGAAAAAGAAACAAUGCUCAGAAUCUAAUUGGUGGGAUAGUUAUUCUGAAGAUGUUGAAAUUAAGGGAAAAAGUUUUGUACCUUUUUUAGCAAAAUAUAUUUUUAUGACAUCACAAAAAUAUCCAGAAGAAGCUUUUAAUUUUGGUCAAAGAAAUAUAGAUGAUGAAACAUCUACACAGCAUGACUAG